AUGCAGUUCUUCCUGGUCCUUGCCCUCUUGGGCGGAAUAGCCUGCAAUUUCCAUGGUGUGCUUUCUGAGCAGCUCACUGGCUAUGGUAGCAUUUUCUCCACCGGUGAGGAGAGGCCUGGAGACAGCAUCCAGGGCAUUCGGUUCUUCCUUGGGGGGAUUGGCCUCUUCAAAGCCAUACAGAUAAAAGUGAAUGAUCAGUGGAGUCAAAGAUAUGGAACCUCAGGGGGCGAUCCUCAAGAAAUCCCCCUCUGGGAAGGGGAAAACAUAAUAAAAAUAACAGGCUAUCGUGGGGUCUGCGUGCGUGGUUUCACCGCCGAAACUGACUAUGGGAGAGUUUUUACAAUCGGGAAGGCUAUAGGCCAGGCUUUCUCUUCCUCUCCCCCUGAAGAGGGGAUGGGGCUCAGUGGCAUCAGGGGUGUGUUUGGGAUUUUAUGUAUCAAAAAUAUGGCAUUUGAUUGGCAAUACCUUCCUGAAAUUGUCACCACAGCUGAACCAACAACUACCCCUUGA